AUGUGUUUAUGGUCGUCAAUCUACCUACUAAUGGCUGGAGACAUCUGCCCACAGCCUGGUCCUGACGAUGUUACUCAACUGGGUUUAGAUAUCAAAUCGAGAGGCCUAUCUGUGAUCCAUUUAAACGUACGCAGCCUUCGUAGUAAGCUUGAUGAACUUAAAGUUAGAUUACGAGAUUCGAAAUCAAUCGAUGUACUGACGUUUUCCGAAACAUGGCUUCAUCCAAACAUAUCAGACGAAGAAAUACAAAUCCCGGGCUAUACAAGUUUAAGGCAUGAUCGAACAGGUAAAACUGGUGGCGGUGUUAUUAUAUAUUGUAGAAAUGGUCUUACUUUUAUUACAAGGGAUGAACUGAAAAACAGUAACGAAUCUGUCUGGGUACAAAUCAAUCGUAAUAAGUGUAAACCUUUGGUUAUCGGAUGUGUGUAUAGACCUCCUGACCAACCUAUUGACAAUUUUAUUGACAAUUUUAACACUUCUUUGAAUGGUAUCGAACAGGAUUUUGACAAAAUUGUUCUUGGUGAUUUUAACAUAGAUUUCACCAAAAAUGCAAAUUCACCCCACAAAAGAAUGCUAAAGAGGAUUACGAAUCUUAACGACUUAAGCCAACUAAUUGAGUUACCGACUCGCGUCACUGAAAACAGCCAAUCCCUAAUUGAUUUGAUAUUUACAAAUGUUCAACACAGAAUCAAAGAACAAGGAGUAAUUCCCAUUGGCCUUAGCGACCAUUUCUUGACAUAUUGUGUUUUCAAAUGUGGUGUAGUUCGAACAUCUCCUAAAAUAAUUGAAUUCCGCUCUUUCAAAACUUAUAACAAAGAUGCUUUUGUCAAGGAUCUUACAACCGUGCCAUGGCAUGUAGCUUUUAAUAACCCUGAAAAUGUUAAUGACUGUGUUUAUGCUUGGAAUAAGCUUUUUACAGAUGUGAUGAACGAUCAUGCUCCAAUCAAAACGCGCAGGUCGAGCCGUCCCCCAACGCCGUGGAUGACCUCGGAAAUAGCAAAACUCAUAUCUGACCGGGAUUUUUACUUAAAGAAAGCGAAAAGAGAUAAGUCAAGUAAUCAUUGGGUGAAGUAUAAAAAUCUUAGAAAUGACGUACACAGACACAUUGAGAAAGCUAAAUCUGAUUACUACACCAAUAUCUUACAUGAAUGCCGGGGGGAUUCUGCUAAACUCUGGAAGGCUUUUAAUCAAGUUUUACCAGCGAAACUGACUCCUACUUUCUCUAGCCUGAAAGUAGAUGAUAUUACAUAUACAACGGCAAAGUCAAUCGCUGAUGGUUUUAAUACCUUUUUUGUGAGUGUUGGUAAUAAACUCGCAGAGUGCUUUUCGCAUUGUUCUGAAGAAAGUGGUAGUCUUGGAACAUGUAAUAGUACUUUCACAAUUGCUCCAGUAACAAGUGAGUUUGUAUCCAAGUGCAUUAUUCAGCUAAAAUCAAAUAAAGCCACUGGAUUAGAUAAGAUCAGUGCUCGUAUGAUCAAAGAUGCAGUGUCGGUAAUCACACCUUCUCUUACCAAACUAUUUAAUCUAUCAAUUCAGGAAAAAGUCUUCCCAAACAAUUGGAAAUCUGCUAGAAUAAUUCCCAUUUAUAAAUCAGGAGAUAAGCAAAAUCCGUCAAAUUAUAGACCAAUAUCAAUUUUACCAACCAUUAGCAAGAUACUAGAGAAAGCUAUUCAUAAACAGUUAUCUGCAUUCCUUGAUGACAAUGAUUUACUAUCAACGAGUCAGUUUGGAUUUCGUCUUAAUUCCAACACUGUACUGGCUACAGCACAAUUUACUGACAAGGUUUUACAAUCAAUGGAUGCUGGGGAGCUUACUGGAACUGUUUUUAUAGACUUAGCAAAGGCAUUCGACACCGUAAACCAUGGAAUCCUGUUACGUAAGCUACAUCUACUUGGUGCUGAUGACCAUGCUUGUGAAUGGUUUAAAUCUUUUCUCUCCGAACGUUCACAGGUAACAGUCUAUAAUAACGCCCAGUCUGAAACUGCAAAGAUAUCAAUAGGAGUUGCCCAAGGGUCCAUUCUUGGGCCAUUAUUGUUUGUGAUAUAUGUUAAUGAUUUGCCGAAUGUCUUAGAAUCCUGUCACGUCACCCUGUUUGCUGACGAUACAGUUUUAUACUGUUCGUCCAAAUGUCCAAAGCUAUUGCAACAAAACUGA